AUGCGGAGGUUUGCCGCAGUGGCCCAGGAAGGCGCGUGCCUGGCAGAGGCCCUGCCUCGGCGCACUGAGAGGUUCAUCCAUGCGGACCUUCUGCAGCACCUGCGGUACGCCGCGGCCACCAAGCGGUGCGCGAUGCGAAUCGCAUUCGGAGGGAAGGCUCGAGCCCCUCUUUUGACCAUGGAGUGCAAUGGUCUGCCUUGCUCGGAGAGUGUGGACGCCAUACGGAUGGCCCCCGAGCAUUUGGCAGCCUUUACUCUUCCGGAGGCGUGGGGCUUUCAGGCAGACGGGGAAGAUGUCUUAGUGAAGCUCAGCUCUGGAUUGCUGGAGCGGCGUCUCCACGAGCACGUGGACUUCUCCCUCGAGGAGCAGAGAUCACUGCAGAAGCUGCGGCAAGAGGCGCAACGCACUGGCAAACGCUUCAGCCCGGAGGUGUGCCGUGAGGCGUCCCGGUACUUAAGCGCCACGCGGAACAACCACGAGAGGGCCCUCGGCUUGAUGGAGGCCACGGACAAAUGGCGCAAGACCUACUUCAAGGAUGGCCCGCUGCGCUCCGAAGACAUAGCAGAAGAUAUCUCGCACGGCUUCGCCUACUUCGGGGGCCGAGACAAAGCGCUGCGGCCCGCGCUCAUCUUUCGUGCUUCUAGGGUACCUGACCAGUGGCGGAGAGACUUCAACGUGGAUCGACUCUUACGAGUCCUGAUUUUCCUGAUGGAGGCCAUGUUGCAGUUCCUGCUGAUUCCGGGGAAGGUGGAAACCUCCUGCUUGAUCAUCGAUCUACGGGAUGUCGCCAUUAAGGACAUCCCCGUGUCGCUGCUGCGGGAGAUCCACCAGCUCUUCACGGCUUACUACCCCUGCCGAGGCUUCCGCUUCUACAUGUGCAACGUGCCCCGGAUGCUGAUGGCCAUGUCACAUGUUGCGAAGAGCCUCCUCACCGAGAGACAGAAGCUGAAAGUGAAGGUGCUGGGCGAUGUGUCCGAGCUCCUAGAGGACUUUGCUCCGCACCAGCUUGAAACGGACCUAGGCGGCAGCAAGCCGUUGGCCAGGGCCUUCAUACCCUUCCCCCUGGCCCCAGGGCCCUUCGAGCCGGGCUCCAGCCCCCGCCUCGGGGCCGUGGAGAACCUGCACCGCUUCACCUGGAAGGAGGCGCUGGAGCUGUUGGAGAGCAAGCAAAAAGCCGAGAACGAGGUCGCAAGCCCGAGCAGUGAAGAGACACGACCCGCUCGGAGUGCCAGCGACCGGCUCACCUCGCACUCGCGCUCGCCGGAUUCCUUUGAGCUCUACCCGUUCAGGGAAGGUGACAUGGUGGAGGUAUGGAGCGUGUCCCAGCACGCAUGGAUGCCAGGCGUUGUGCAGGCGUUCUACGCGCAGAGCACGGUGGCCGAGGGCUUUCAGGUGCCCGCGGGCGCUCUAAAGGUCACUUUUUCCCGAGGAUGCAAAUGGAUACCACAAGAGCUGGUCGCGUCCAAUGUGCGGAGCGUUGCUAGCAGCCCGUAUUCGCCAACAUCGCCAAGCAUUUCGCAGCAAUGCAGGCAAAUCAGUGACCAGGGCCGGAUUCUGCUCAGCGCCUCCCUGGCCGAAGAUGCCAUGUCGCCACAGCCCCCCACGAGCUUCGACACGGUGGAGUGGCGUCAGAUCCGGCCACAGCUGGCUGAGGCGGUGCCACAGCUGCGGCCUGCAGAGCUGGCGCUGGCACUGCAGGGCCUGGCUGCGCUGAGAGGUGUGGAGCGUUCGUACCUGGAGCCUGUUCUCACUGCUGUCCAGCAGCUGGCUGGGUACAUGAGCGCGCAGAGCGUUGCGGACUCGUUGACCGCGCUGGCAGCAUUGCAGGCCGAGGAUGUCUCCAAAGGAGCAGUGGACGCCCUGAUAGCUGCAGGCUCCUGGCAACUGCACGAGUUGCAGACGCCCCAUGUGAUCGGCUGCCUUGAGGCGCUGAUGCACCUGGGACACCCGGAGCACUUGACGCAGGCCUUGCUGCAAGAGAUGCCCAGCGCCUGGCACCUGAGCACGGAGGAGCUUUUGCGCUGGCUCCGGGUUCAGAAGAUGGUGGCGCAGCGCUUCGGGUCCGAGAGGCCGCCUGACGAGACCCAGCCCUCCGGAGCGCCCGGCGUGAUGGCGCUUCUUGGCCAGGCGCUGGCAGAGGCGCGGGCCGUGCUGCGCAGCCGUCUGCGCGGGGAGCUGACGGGUGUCAGCCUGCUGGAAGCGUUCAUGCUAUGUGUUGAGUUGCAGCAGCUCCUGGACAAGCCACAGGAAGACAGGCUUUACCAGGGCAGCCUCUCGGCUUGCUUGCAAAUGACCGCUCAGCUUGACAGUGGGAGAGGCUUCGAGAGAUUGCUGCUGACAGAGCUGACCACCGUCUCGCCUGCGGUGGACCAUCUUCAGGGCAGCGAAUGCUGCAGGCUUGCUUCUGUGCUCGGCUUUACCGCUUUGAAGGAGGGAAGGACACUGCCACCGUACAUUGCCAAGCUUCUUCCAGCGCUGGUGGAGCGGCUUCUGGAUCAGUUGGAGCUGCUGCGAACUGAGGAGAUUGUGCAAGCCCUUUGGGCUUUGUCAGAACAUUUGCGCUACCGCGACGACUACUGCGCUGAUUGCUUUGCAGACGCCCUGAAGCGGCGGCUGCCGGUCCGCGAGGUGAUGGCGCUGCCGGCGCUGGCACGCCAGAGCCCGGUGUCCUUCUUGGACCUUCUGGCUGCAAUGCUGGAGGACCUUCUUGCCCGCCUGGGGGGCACAAUGCAGGACGCGGAGUUGGAGGAGCUCGCCUGCAGCCUGUGCUUGGACGCUCCAAGGAGUGAUGACCUGGCAAACGUGGCGCCCCAGCUCUGGCUGCAGCGCCUGAGAUGGCACUUGGGAGAGGCCGAGGCCGAGAGCCAGAGCUGGGCCUUGGACGGGGAGCUGCUUGAGUCGGCCUGUCGGAACUGGCACGAGCUGAGAGGGCGGAGAGAAAAAGCCUGUGGUGUCAUAUCCAUCGAGAUGGUUGGUGUGCGUCGGACCAAUACGUUGACCACGUUUUGCUGA